CGCGUGCCAGCGGGCGUGGGCUGGAGAUUGUCUCAAAUCCACAGGGAACAUGGUGGAAAAUUCACCGUCGCCAUUGCCAGAAAGAGCGAUUUAUGGCUUUGUUCUUUUCUUAAGCUCCCAAUUUGGCUUCAUACUGUAUCUCGUGUGGGCUUUUGUUCCUGAGUCUUGGCUAAACGCCUUAAGCUUAACCUAUUGGCCUCAAAAGUAUUGGGCAGUUGCAUUGCCCGUCUACCUCCUCAUUACUAUAGUAAUCGGGUAUGUACUCUUAUUUGGAGUAAACAUGAUGAGUACCUCACCGCUCAACUCCAUUCAUACAAUCACAGAUAACUAUGCUAAAAAUCAGCAGCAGAAGAAAUACCAAGAAGAGGCCAUCCCAGCACUAAGAGAUAUUCCUAUUAGUGAAGUAAACCAGAUGUUCUUUCUUACAGCCAAAGAGCCUUACACCAAAAGCUGAACUGUGUGUACAUUGCCAUCAAACGUUUAUUAUUAAAGUUUCAACAUAAUAAUUUUGACCAUAAUUAUCUCUCUUAUUAAUACCUGAUAUUAAAAUACUUUGAAAAAUGAAA